AAAUUUGAAGAAUAAGUAGGAGAAGUGUACUGCUUGAAAUCGUAUGUGGGAUAGAGCUUCAAAGACACCGAAGAUUACUUCAACCUCAACACCGACACCGAUUCUUCUUGCAGGAGGUCCGAUUUUUCAGAACGAAACUGGAUAGCACUAGGACGCCACGAUGGAGCGCGUAGUACAUGAGCUGGCGGAUCGGGAGAAGCAGAGAUAACGGACGCCUGCAUCAAAUCCGCUGAUUUGGCUCCGCUAAUUACAUGCCUACCAUACAUACUCAGAUCAACCGCGUCCUUUUAUACAGUAUAUAUAUGAUCCUCCCCAAAACCCAUCUCCCUCCAUCUCUCUCUCUCUUCCCUCUUUGUACAAAAAAUCCAAUCAGAGAUUGACAGAGAUGCUUGGGAAGCGGCAGAUGACCAGCGAGGCGCCGCUGCCGUCGGCGGCGAAGCAGGCGCGCCAGGAAAGCCCCGGCAACAAGCCACACGCGACUUCGCCGGGAGUGAAGGCGGCGGCGUUCCUGACGUCCUGCGCCUUCUGCGGCAAAGGCCUCGGCCCCGGCAUGGACACCUACAUAUACAGGGGCGAGGUGGCAUUCUGCAGCCACGAGUGCAGGGAGCGGCACAUCCAGCUCAUGGACCACGAAUGCUCCCUCAGCAACAUAGGAACAGCACCAGAACAAUCAGCUCAUAUCUCCUAGCUACAGCCUUCGUCUGCCGUCUAUGCAAAAAACAAAAUUGUCAAUCAGUGUUUAAAGCGUCCCUAUGUGUAUAUAAAUACAAGAACCGAUCGAUCCAACUGUUUUAACUUUGCACAACAC